AUGAACGACUAAAUAGAUGUAGAUUUCCAGCAAUUUGAAUUUGAAGGAAUAUUAGGAUAAGGAUCUUUUGGAACUGUGUUUAAAGCAUUUAAUAAAGAUACAUAAUAAACUGUAGCUGUAAAAGUAAGUGAUUGAAAUACUUAACUUAUUGUAGGUAAUAAAGAAAAAAUAAAUGCUAUAAUAUGGGCAAUUAAUGUAGGAAGCACAAAUUUAGUAAGAAUUAUAACAUCCAAACAUUGUUAAAUUUUUUGGAGUUUAUGAGACUGAAAAUAAGAUCCUAAUAGAAAUGGAGCUUAUAUCAGGAGGUAAAGAUGAAAUAAAAAAUAGGUUCAUUAAGUUAAAUAACGAAAUGUUCCGAAGAAUAAGCCAAGUAUAUAAUGUAUUCAAUUUUUAAUGCAUUACAGUAUAUGCAUAAUAACAAUAUUGCACAUAGAGACUUAAAACCUGAAAAUAUACUUGUUACUAAUGAUCUUAGUUUUGUGAAAGUAACUGAUUUUGGAUUAAGCACAGGAUAUUCAUAAUUAAUGACAAAAUAAUGUGGGACACUAAUAUAUAUGGCUCCAGAAUAAUUAAAUAAUAGGGUAUAUAAUAAAGCAAUAGAUAUUUGGGCUGCUGGAGUUAUUAUGUAUUAACUUCUUGUUGGUGAACAUCCAUAUUAUAAGAAAGGAUGUGAUAUAGCAUAAUCUUAAUUGGCAAUGCAUGAAAAAUGCAAGAAAACUUUGAAUGGGUACUAAAAACAUUAUUAAUCCAGAGUACUUAAUUCAGUCUAUUUCGAAGAUUGACCGAAAUUAAUCCAACUAAACGUUAUAGUGCUACUUAGGCUAUGUUACAUCCUUGGUUUAAUAAUGGAGGUGAUGAACCUUUGAUUAUGGAAGAGUAAUUUUAAUAAUGGAAACAAUCUCAAAAGUUUUAAAUUAUCAUCUCACUUUUGAUGUUCCUAAUCAAACUUGGUUACAAAAAGGUACUACAUAAUAAAGAAUUUUAUCAUUAAAUCUCAAACAAUAAAAAUAAUAUCAAAAAACAAGAUUUUUUGACCAAUUAUGAUUAAUUAUUUGCUGAUUACUAAAAAUCUUUAACAGAUGCCUAGAAAACAAAAUUAUCAACUGUUGCUCUUACUCCAAGAUAAGAAUAGAGUAAUGACAAUACUGGACAAAAUAUUUUUCGAUCUUCAUUAAUAAAGCCUUUGAAAUUAUAAUCUACUAUUAAUGUACAUAAUGCAAUACGAGGCAUCAAUACUAAUUCAUAAAAUUAAACCCCAUAACUUGUUGAUGAUUUUGAUUAAGAUUCAACUAUGAAGUUCUCUUAAUAAUCAUGUUAAAUUAAGGAAAGAAUAGAAAAAUAGCUUAUUCGUCCUUAAAUUAUGAUUCAAUCACAACCUACUAAAUUUAAUAAUAAUCCUUCUGAAAAUGAUAACAAUAUACAUGAUAAAGAUCCUCAAUCAUAAAAAUAAGAAUAAUAGGGUUAAUAAUCAACAGCUAUAAAUAAUACAAGUGUUAGUCCUAUUAAAUCUCCUUUAAAACGAAAAAGAAUUAAAAGAACAUAAAUUAAACAAUAUCUAAAUUAAGAAAUCAUUUAAUCUAAUUUACAAUAAAUGCAAAAUAUUACUUAAAAAACAUAAUAAUUGUAAUAAUAUUAGCAAUAAUAAUAACAAUAAUUAUAAUAGCAACAAUAAUAAUAAUAAUUAUUAUAAUUACAAUAAUAAUAAUUACAAUAAUAACAAUAAUAAUAAUAAUAAUAAUAAUAAUAGUAAUAAUAAUAAUAAUUGUAUCAUAAAUAAUCAACCACUAAUAUAACUAGAUAAUAGUCUCCAUCACCAAAAAAUAAAUUUAAAAUACAACUUAAACCACUAAAUCAUUAAUAAUAAUAAAUAGGCUAUAAUUCUUAACAAAAUGGAAAUUUAUCUCUACGUUUAAAGGCCUAAAGACCCUCAGUUGAUAGGGAAUCCUAUGCUCCUGCAGUUUUAGAUCUAAGUAAUUUGGCUCUUGAAUGUUUGAGUCCUAAAUAACGUAAGAAUCGAGCCAAUAGUUUGCAUUCUUAAAAAAGAGUUUAUGCUAAUGAAUUUUAACCAUCAAGAGUGUUGGGAAGUUGUUACAAAAAGUAAUACGAUUCGUUUUAUGUAAAAUGA